CAAAAUCUCCUUACACUCCCUACUGCGUCUCCCCAAAACCAAAACCUACAACCUUCACCCCCUACACUUCAAAUCCAUCGGAUCCAAGACCUCUGUUAUACGCCGACACCAAAUCCAUCGGAUCCAAAACUUAGAUCUCUCUCCUCUCUCCCUCUUAUCUUCUACAUGGUUACACCUAUACCCCAAAUCCAUCUCUCCGACAACCAAACCAGUAGUGAACUAAACUUGUUGCUCAUGGCCUCUGCUUUGGCCACUUCCUUUGCUUCCCAAUUGCUCCCUCGUGCCCCACCCAAAGGUCUCCCUUUGCUUCGUCCCACAGUCGCACCUGUGUCUGUAGCUGUGAGAGUCCAAGCUAGCAGGCCGUUAUCCACUGUGGCGGCGGCGAAGAGUAACUCCAAUCCUCCGUCGACAAUGAGGAGCCCUAACAAAAGCAGUAAAGCAGCAGAAGAAGAAGAAGCCGUUGAAGAAGUGAAAGAGGAUCUACCCUGGAUUCAAGAGAAGGCCUUGGACCUGGUGGAGUUCACCGGCUCUGUCACGCAGGCCAUUCCUGGACCCAGAGAUGGCACCAGCUCCCUCCCUUGGAUUUUGGUUCUUCCUCUCGCUUAUGCCGGUCUCAAUUUUGUCAUCGCCGUUGUCAAGACCGUCAAAAAGUUCUCUUCCCCUCGACAUAAACGCAAGAAACUGGUCAAUAAAAAUGCUAUGCUAUGCAAAUCAAUAGACGAAAUGUUUCAGAAUGGCUCCGACCAAAUCACGCCUGAUGCCCUGAAACAACUCGUGCAAAAUACAGGUUUUGGCAUGGAGGAGAUUUUGUGCAAGUACAUCCAUUAUACUUUGAAUGAAAAGCCAUUCAACCCAGACAUGGUUUCCAAUUUAAUUCAGCUCAGAAAAGCUUCUUUGUUCGAUGAUUCUCAGGUGGCUGAAAUUCUAAAUGAAAUUUCAAGAAGAAUUGUGCGAGACAAAGGCCUAGUUGUAAUGGAUAUGGCAGGUUAUACUGAACGGGGUUUCAAAAGAAAAUUAGUCAUUCAAGCCCUAUAUGGAAAGGUGUUCUAUCUGUCAGAGGUUAUGGCAUUGAUGAUAACUGUGACAUAUCUAUUAUUGAUGGCCAUUGUUAAUUACCUGCUUGGUUGGUUUGCAUUACGGUCACAUCAUUAACCAUUUUAAGGUCAUCAAAACAGAUUUCUGCACUAGACUAUGUCAUCCACGUCUAUCGUAGUCUAGGCCUCACCUUGGACUUAUUUGAUAUGCAUAUAAACAAGGCUCUCUACACAUUCAGUGGAACAUGUGUGUGGCAGCUUGUGGGAGAUUUGGCUUUCUGUUUUUUUUUUAUGUGGGUUCUGUGUGGUUUUCCAUUUUGACUGUGUUUUGUGGAAUUAGAUAUGAGAAGUAGUUAGAUUCGGCAGAUUGUUUCAUGCAUGUGUGAGUGCAUUGAUCGACUAGCUGCUUUUUUUCAUUAAUGUUACCAUCUCCUACGGUCAACAAUCAGUCUAUCCAAGCGAAUCGGGAAUAUUCUGAUAAUCAAUUGCUUAUUGACUCUACGAGGUGGUAACAUUGAUGAAAAAAGAUUAUGUCAAGGUAAAGGUGCUGCAAUUGGUUGAUCAAGUAAUUAAAUUUCUGUUUUGUUGAAUUUGUGUCUUCCUUUUGAGUUCAGGGCAGGUUUUAAUUUUUUUUUUCUUUUUUAUUGUAUGUGGUUUUGUGGAAAUUGUUCAUUCUUCAUGUUCAUGAUGCAGUGUUAUCUGUUGCGAUGCUUAAAAAUUAUUGGGAUUGAUUUUGUAUGCAGAUUUCACUUGCUGCUGCUGUAAGGUCUGUGUCUUCUCUUUUGGUCUGUAUAAUUGGUCUGCUACUUUUGCUUCCAUUUUCUCAAUGUGCAAUAAAUUGGGCCUUCUUUUUGUGUGUGUGUAUAUAUAUAUAUAUAUUUUUUUUUUGGGUGGUGAUUAAGAUCUGAGGUUGAUUUUUAUGCUUACUAAAAAAACAUUGCUUUUCUUUUCUUUCUCUCAAUUUGUUUUCAAAUUCAAAGGGCAUAAAUAUCUGUUUCAUGUAAGGUUCAGAUCACAUAAACAUUGCUUUUUGAUAUUAGUAUGUCUUUUCAAUUUACUAUAGUGCAUAAAAGUUGAUACUAUAGUCUCCUCCAGCUAAAUACAUCUGCUUAGGCACUUUUGUUUCGAUCCAAAAUCUGGUACUUGAACUGUUGGCUGGUUAUACAUUACUUAAUUUGAGUCUUCUUUCGGCAUGAGUCUUGAUGUUAUUUGGUUAGAUGGUUGUUGAAGGAAAGACAUAUGACGUUGAUUAUGAUUUUUUGUUUAUAUGUUCCAGGCUACAAUGAGAUUUUUGGGAACUGUUUUUGCAAAGUGAAAUUAUUUCACCACUGCUAAGGUACAAUUUUAAUCGACCAUUCAUGUCUUACAUUUACUCUCAUAUAUUGUUAGACAAUUCAUUUUAGUACUUGUGAUUCAUAUGAGUUAGUAGAGGACAGAGGUUUACAUGGUAGCUGAUGGAGUACUUUUCUGGAAAUGCAUAAUGUACAUUAAAGUCUUUGCAUUGUCUGCAGAACAAAUGGGAAACUUAAUUUGGUUCACACAGCACAAAUCUCUUCUUAGCAAAGAAGGGGACAACCUAUUCCCCAAUUGCUCUUGGACAAGAGUAUUGGUUGCCCAUUCUUACUGGUGCCAACACCAGGUUAAGCAACAUGGCAAACACCAGGCUUGUCCUAAGGAUCACAGACAGUAGCUCAACUUGUAGACAUGGAGCUCCAACGUACUCGGCAUUAUAUAAUGUAGAAAAGAGCAAAAGUUGAUAGAUACAGAGAAAGAAGGCAAAUGUACAAAUGACCCUCCUAAAUUAGUAUAUGAAUAUUUGGGAAAUAAUUAGGUUUGAUAUGAAUUUACUGAAUUCAUUUAAUAUGU